UUCUGCUUCAUUUACCACAUUACUGCAAUUAGGGAAAUGUAUUACCAUGCCUGGCAUGAUUUGCUCUUCUUGUUUUAGUUUUUAUUUUUGUUUUAUUUUGUGUCUCUCUUCAAAUUGCUGAAGAUCAAAAUUAAAGCCAUCUGCACGAUAGGCAACUGAAACACUUUGGAUAUGUCACCUAUUAAAUCCAUAAAGUGUAGGACUCAUUGUCCAAUACUGUCUGUGGUACAGGAAAUGUGGAAUGAAAAUGAACUAGAAAAGACACAGUUGCUUCAAUAUAAGGAAAUUGAAGAAGAAUGUAAACACGCAUGGAAAAUGUAAAUGUAUAAUGGAGUUCUUGAAUUGAUCUUUGUGAUUAAGAAAUAUUAUGAUGGAGCUAGAAGGAUGGAGAGGACUCACAAUACUCAAGUAACAAUAGUGGGAUUUCCUACAAAAUAUUUUCAAACUAUCCUUUUGAUCAAAUAAAACAGGAUAGUCUGGGGAAAGUAUAAGGAUAAUAAAAUAUUGUCAAAUUCUACAUCCCAUAAUUGCCUAUCUCAACAUUUUCCUGGGAUUUAAAGAGGCAAUUACUACAAGGCAGAGGGAAGAUGUCCAGAAAGCAGGUUCCUUCCCAGAAACUUUGUAGAGGAAAUCAAUUGCUAUCAGCCAGGAAAGGUGCAAUGGACAAGGCACUGCAGGAAGUGGUGGUGGAAACAGCAGUCUUGGGCAGUAAAGCAAAUAAAAACAUUGGGAUAAGAUACAAUGCUUCAUAAAUGAUUUUGAAAUUCAUGGUGUAUUCUCAUUGUAACUAUGCUUGCUUCUUUCCAGGCAAAGACUGUAAAUUAUAUGGAGCCAGAGAACUUAACAGCCACUUCAAAAUUCAUUCUUUUGGGACUUUCAAAAGAAAAUGAUAUCCAGCCACUUCUAUUUUGGCUGUUCCUGUUCAUUUACUUGGUCUGCAUCAUAGGGAAUCUGCUUAUUAUCCUGGCUAUUGGCUCUGACUCCCACCUCUGGACUCCAAUGUACUUCUUCCUCUCUAACUUAUCUUUCACAGACAUUUGUUUCAUCUCCACCACAGUUCCUAAGAUGCUAGUGAACAUCCAGGCACAGAAUAAAUCCAUCACCUAUGAAGGCUGCGUUACCCAGAUGUAUUUUUUCAUGUUUUUUUCUGGACUGGAUAGUUUGUUACUGACCGUAAUGGCCUAUGACCGGUUUGUGGCCAUAUGUCACCCCUUGCGCUACAUGAUUAUCAUGAACCCUUACCUUUGUGGUCUUCUGCUGCUACUGUCUUGGCUAAUCUGCCUGGCCUAUUCAUUGUUACAAACAUUAAUGUUUUUGAGGGUGUCUUUCUGCAAGAAAACAGAAAUCCCCCACUAUUUCUGUGAACUUGCUCAGAUGCUCAAGCUUGCCUGCUCAGACACCCAUGCCAAUGACAUCCUGCUGUACUGUGUAACUGGUUUGCUAGGUAUUAUUCCUCUGUCUGGGAUUCUUUUCUCUUAUUCUAAAAUCAUCAACUCCAUAGUGGGCAUUUCAUCUGCUAGAGGGAAGUAUAAAGCCUUUUCUACUUGUGGGUCUCAUCUUUCCGUGGUCUCAUUGUUCUACGGUGCAGGCCUUGGUGUCUACCUCACUUCUCAAACAUCCUAUAACUCCAGAGAGGGUUCAGUCACCUCAGUGAUGUAUACUGUGGUUGCUCCCAUGCUCAACCCCUUCAUCUACAGCCUGAGGAAUAGGGAUCUGAAGCAGGUUCUUAGAAGACUGUUUCAUAGCACAGGAGAUAGGUCUCAGUGUGAUAAUAUAAAAAGGGAUACAUGAAUCUAGAGUUUUGAUGAAUAGUGUAUUCCUGCACACAUUGCAUUUUCCUGUAUUCUUAAGACACAGAAAAGAAAUACAACUCAUGAAAUACAAGACUAAAAUAUUCCAGGACCAAAGAUAAACUUGAAACAAGAAACGUGAAACAUGGCUAGCCAGUAACUACACCUCUUAUGCAAACAAUUUCAAGGAUAUAUACUUACAAGUGUGUAGGGGGUCAAGUAGAAAAUACAGCAAGUAAAAAGAGAGAUAAGACAUAUACCUACACAUCAUUGCUCAACUCCUCUAAGUCAUUGUUGUUUCCAACAUAAUGCUUAAUGGGCAAUGUUUUCUUUGGCCUCUGUCUGGAAAAUAAUUAUACUAAGAAUCUCUGUCUGUCUCUGUCUCUGUCUCUCUCUCUCUCACACACACACAUUCACAUAUACUCAAAUACACAUAUAUGAUAUCAUUAUAUAUAUACAGAUAUAUAUCAGCAUAUUACAAUUGAUAUGAAAUUAAAGUACAGAGUGCCUUCUAAUCAGAAGGUGGAGGCAGAAAAAUUAGGAAUUCAAAGUCAUCCUGAACUUCACAGUGGUAAAUAAAACAUAGAAAAUAAUUUGCUCAAUAUUGCUCUUGCCUAGACACACUUCUCAAAACUUCACAUUUGGCUCCUUUUCAAAAACACGAAAUAAAAGUUGAGUUGCACUUAUGAACUUACGACAACUAUUGUUACCUAUGUAAGAUCAAGCCAGUCAAAAUUCCAGCACGGAUGGGGGAGGGACUUGUGAGGCCCCACUUCAAAGUGAAGCGCUAUUGGCAGUUUAUGGAAAGUGGUAGUGGGGGCAGUCAGUCUUCAUCUUUCCUUGGUUGUUUGGGAAUUGGUAAGUUGCACAUGCCUAGAUGGCCCCACACCCAUGGGCAUGUGUGCAGCACAAGUGAAGGCAAGUGGUUAUAAAAUGAAACAAAACCUGAAUAUGUGAGGGGAACACGUAGGGGAGGAUUUGGUGAUGGGAAUAAGAGGAGCUGAGGGUGGUCUAAUCAAGAUGUAACUUACAAAUGUAUCAAACUGUCAAAUGAAUAAAAUAUUUUAAAAAAGAAAUUAAAAGUAGCUCCAUACAAGGAUUCUCCUGUACCAAACAGCUGAUAGGACAAAGCAUCUUUUAUAUAUAUCUUUAACUUCAUAGGGAAAUACUCUGGAACUUAGACCCUGUGGUAGUUUGAAUGCAAUUGGGUCCCAUAAGCUCAUAGGGAGUUAUUAGGAGGGGUGGCUUUGUUGGGAGUAGGUGUGGUCUUGUUGGAGGAAGUGUGUCACUGUGGGGAUAGGCUUUAAGGGCUCAUAUGCUCAAGAUACUGUCCAGUGUUACAGUCCACUUCCUGUUGCCUUUUGAUCAAGAUGUAGCCAACACAACACCAUGCUCCCUACCAUGAUGAUAAUGAACUGAACCUCUGAACUAUAAGCUGCCAACUCAUUAAAAUGUUUUCUUUUAUAAGAGUUGCUGUGGUCAUAGUGUCUCUUCACAAGAAUAUAAACCCUAAGACAGACCCCAAAGCUGAAACCUACCCUGAAUUGGCUUGAGGAAUGCUGAACCACCCACUUGGUGAGAAGUGGGUAUAGACUUGGUCGAAUUCAAAUGUUUUACUUGUAACUUUACCAUUUAUUAAAGAAAUUCCUGUCUCUCAGCAAAAUUAUUAGAUUGAUUAAAGAAUCAGUAUUAUGUGUCUAAUACAUAGAUGCUUGGUAAAUGGUAGGCAUUUUUGUGAACACGGUGUUUAUUUAUCCUUCUAUCUCAUGUCAGUAAGAGGCAGGUCUAAUGGCAGACCCUCCACUCCUGCAAGCUGUGCCCUGCUACGAUACCCAAGAAGCACCUGAGAGUAAGACAUAAACUGACUGGCUCUCAGGAAAACUUUUAUUUAGUGCAAUAAAAUCUUACCUUUCAUACACAGAUCUCUUGGCAUUGGUAACCUGGUCUGAAAUUAGGGGUGGAGGUAGGA